AUGGACGGUGAGACCAUCAAGGUCCCAAUCACCUGUUUGAAGUUCGACAAACCCGAAGACGGCCUUCCGUGCAUCGAAGACUGGGUAGGCACCUUCGAAUCUAUCCUGUUCGGUGGCUUGGAUUUGGGCAGAGAGCCCUUAGACGGCUCGGUCGCCAUGCAGGGAGAUUCAUGGAGCUGCAGCAUCUCCAGCAUUGACCAAGUGAAGGGCUGGACCAGGUCCAGCAUUGUUCUCACCAUGCUGAUUGCAGCCAGCGAAGUUGACCUCUCAGAAAAUUUGGAGCUUCUGAAGCCCAUGGCCGCAGUGUUGGAGAAGGCCUGGAUGGUGAUGGAGGCUCGGCAGAAUGAAGGUCGACACUUGCCAUCUAUGUCAGUGGAUGAGCGUCUUCGGGACGUGGUGGAGGAUUGGCAUUCCUCAACAGGGUUGCAGGCAAAGCACCGCCUGGAUGAAGAUCGGAUGAAGGAGUCCCGCAACAUUAUCCGUGCUCAUGUUGACCACAACAAAUGGGUCCUAUGUGCGUUUAGCACUGAGCAGUUCAGAUCCCAGCGAUGGCUCAUUGGCUCCAGCCCGAAGUCGUCCAGUUGCCCCCCAGAGCUGAAGAAGGUGCUGAGCGUCACGGAGGAAGCCCAGAUUCUUCAUUUCAAGCUGACAGUUCAGUGCUUCCUGGAGAACGGACGACGGCUGAGGGUAUCCGCCAGACCACGUGUGAGAUGGUCGCCGGCUGCUUUUGAAGCACAUUGUGAUUACGCCUGUGUGAUGGCAUCAGUUCUCAGAGAGGCUCGGCAACUGGCAAGCUUCAACCCUGAGAAGGAAAUGGCCAUCUUGAAGGCUUUUACUCAGAAGGACUACUGGCAGGAGAUUGAGGCGGCCGUGGCAUCGAAACUUUCGACGUGGAAGUUGCAACACCUUGGGGUUUGGACUGAUCUUGUGGAACCACCAUCGGCACCAAUGCAAGUUCACAGUGCAGCGGAGCUGAUGGACAUCGAGGAAGAGUCUCAGGCUGCGAAGUUUCGUGAAGUUCGUGCCAAGUUGGCACAAGAUGUGGCCAACAUGACACAGUAUCUCUCUGGCAUGGAGGAGAGCCAACGCAGGGCCCAUGUUGUCAUGGUCAUGCACGAGCGAAGCCAAGUGUCGCCAGCUGAUAUCUACACUGUGCUCUAUGUUGAUUGCACGAAGCUUGGGGUGCUGAACCAAGGCGAGGUGAAUUCCAUUGGCAGUGUGCUGGUGAUCCUCCCACCAUUGCUUGUGGGUUCUGACAGUGCUGGAACCCUUCGCAAAGAUCUCAGGAAGCUGGAGGAUAAGCUGAACAACCACAAGGUGGAGCUGAGGUCAUUCACAUUGAAUCUCAAUGUGGAUGACCUGCACAAAAACAGAGAGCUUCCGAGCGCAUAUGUGUGCUUCUUGGGGGUGUUGGACUCUACGCUCCCCAUGCGUGGUACAGCACAUCGUGUUGUGCGUGGUGGUGCCCCGGAGCCCGAGAACACAAUCAAUACCUUUCCGCCUGCGCUGCCAGAGAAAGAGUUCGUGGUGCCAGGAGAAUCAAUCCUGUCACACAGCGAGCGCAGAAAUUUGACGGAUCUGCAAGAGACCAGCCAGUGGCUUGGGGGCAUCAAUGUUCCCAAGGCAAUUCUGGAACAAUUGUUCGGCAACAUCAAGGGAACUUUUGGGGCAGUGGUGAUUCACCCAACGGCCUAUGACGGUUGUGUGGAACUUGCUUGCAACCAGAUGGGCUAUUGUGUGGCUGGGUCCAGCAACAUGGAGCCCUACUACAAGUGUGCAAAGGAGAUCAUCAAGGGCCACUUGCUGGAGGCGUGGAAGAAGGGCAAUGCGCCUAUGAAUUCCGUGACCCCACGUUACAAAAAGGAUGCAGCCACAGAGGACCUGCCAAAACCAGCUGAGCUUCCUGCCCUGAAGAUUUGCCAAAUUGGUGAAGGGAACAAGCUGAUCCUUCCCAGAGAUGUGCGGUCUCAAUUCUUGCAAGAUCCUAUUUGGGGACAAGAGUGGAGAGAAAUCGUGACAAACUUUGACAAGCAGUGGAACACCCCAGUCUUGGACACUCCCUCGCCAGCACCUUCCAACCAGUCACCAAGUCCCAGCCCAAAUGCUGGCCUCAUCGCCAAGAAGGAAGAGCACCUGGAAGAGGAGAUGAAUUGGGCAGCUGUGUUUCCGGGGGAGCCAGAAACCUUGGACACCCUGAAGGCAAAGUAUUCUGAUCGAACUGAGAUGACUGGAUCCACAUCCUAUAACUUCAUUCUCGUUCCGGGACCGAAACUGUUUGUGGUGGCUACUGAUGCUUUGCAUCUGAAGGCAGCUGAUGCUGCAAUCAUUUCCCAUGGGGCCGGGGUCUGGCUUCUGGGUGACAAAGCAGACAAGUACCAAGCAGACCAUCCAGGGCGUGGAGUGAUUUGCUCUUGGAGCAACGACUUGGGAUUGGUGGUGCUGGAGGACGGCAACUCUGACAGUGGCAUCAUGACGCUGCGCACUGCUCUUCAAACCAUCGAGAAACAGGGCAUGGUUGACUACACACUGGGCAGGCAUUCAUGCCAGCGUCCUGCUGCUGCAUCUCAGGGCCGGGAAGAUGACAAGUUCUCAAUUGCCCCUGAUGGUGGGAAUUUGCUGUUGUGGCGCCCCAACCAGAUCCCCGUGAAGAAUUUGAAGGCUGCCAAUGUGGCGAGCUAUUUCAACUAUGACGCUCUGAAAGCCUCCCCGCUCGAACUGGUGUGGCGCCUCAGGAAGUAUCCCACGGAGAAGUGCAUCGCCGCUGCGAAGCCUCUUUGGUUUCUACCUGGCGAUCUGAAGCUGAUCAAGGACGCAGUGAAGCGAAUCGCAUAG